AUGCCUAAAUUGCACACAUUUACACAUAUAGGUUGUGAAGACAAUCAAGUCGAGGUGCAUGGAAUUUGUUUGAACCAAACUGUUCCCGGGCAAAGUUGUGGCGUGAAUGCUCAGUGCACAGGCGGCUCCACUUGUCAAAAUGACCAAUGCACUUGCCCGAAGGGAAUGACCCCAAGGGGUAGCACAUGUGUACUUGGUAGGUCUGAUCAGUGUAGUGGGACAGAUUCAUACAUCGUAAGGAAACCUCUUGCUUAUUACGUGUGGAGAAUAUUUCCAGUAGAAGCACCACCACUAGCUUCGUGCCGUAAUGGAGAAUUAUGCACUAAAGCAUCUAUGUGUGUGAACGGCACCUGCAUCUGCCCAGCCGGUCGCCAAAUCAUCAAUGGCCAUUGUGCACCCCAAAUGACUGGUAUGGCUUUAGAGAAUCUUGACGAGAAAGAACACUUUGUGCUUGGAAAAUGUUGA